CAAGUGUAUUAGCCACGUUAUCAGAACCUCACUUGUGCUAAUAUUAUUAUUGAUAAUAAAACCUUAUCGUAUUAAUCAAGUUUAGUCACCCUAUAUUAUUAAUUCAUGAUUGAAGUUUUGUAAACUUUAAGAUUAUUUUAUUUGCCUCUAUUGCCUUAACGCGGUUGUUCCACUAAAGCUAGGAACGCAUCAUUUAUCAGUAGGCAAACGCUUAUUAAAGAUAACUCGACAGCAUGAGUACUGCCCAGGCUACAGGCAACGACGCAAAAAAGCGUAAGAAGAACUAUUAUAUAGGAAAUCAAGCUGGCGCUAAACGGGCAAAACGAUCAAAUCUACUCGAUUGUGGGACCGGUCUUGGGUUUCUAGUUACAAUAAAUUCAAAACAGGAACGUCGGGCCACUCUGACAGCGUAUUCUUUGCUCAAUGAGGCCGCGGAUCGACUCUAUGGGCCACAAGAACAACAAAACUUGGACAAGGAGUCCGAUGGUGAUGAUAUUGAAACGGAACUCAAGGCUCUAAGGGAGGAAAAUUUCAGAUUUAGCAAAUUGCGCACCGAGAUUCCAUCAGUCAUCUUCAUUUCCAGUAAACUGCCAAAACCGUUAGAGAUUAGUACGGACAUGUAUACCCAUAUGCCUUCUACGGUUCAGCAUAUUGUUCGUUUAGUUCCGGUAUUGGCAACAUGCAAAACUCAACCUGAAUGUGUUUCGAAAAAGGUCCUUGAAGUACUGGAAGAACAGCAUCCUGCUGUCCUUUCAAAGAUUUCGUUCUUUGUACAGCUCAAGGCCCGCCACAACAGUGAGUACAACUCGUCUGAGGCGCGGCGCGCUUUUUGUAUGGAACUGGCUAAAAAAGUCCAAGAAUGGAAUUGCGAUUUUGUCCCUGAGCUGAAAGAGCCUGAGCUUGUUAUAAAUAUUGAUAUUUUGCAGAAAGUCUGUUGUAUUUCUCUGCUGCCACAUUUUGCUCGUUUCAAGAAGUACAAUCCGGAGCAAUUCAAUUCCGUCCAAGUCGCCAAGGCCUUAAGUAACUUUACGAGUAAUGAGGGCAAGUCGAAAAAAGUAAAUGCCAAGAAUGGCAAAGAGGGUGAUGACUCAAUAGAACAUCGAAACAGCCACACGUGUCGAGUUCUUCCGAACGAAAACUCUACGGCUCCCGAGACAUCAGAUUGUGUCGCUCGAGAUAACAACGAAGACUCCGACUUGAAAAAGGAAGAUGGAACUUAAUUCCUCAAGCAGGAGCAAGCGAAAGCGACGUGAGUCCUCUACAUUUCGCGGCUGUGGCGGAAGAAACCUCGUGUAAUAUAGCUAUGUACAGGAACCUUAUUUUUAUUUAUGGUAGACGCAUAAUACAGACAUUGUCGUUUUGGUGCAAUGAAAAUGUGGAAAAUACGCACCACCCAAAAUUUUACCGUGAUUUAUUUUAAUCUGCAUGUCGCAAGAUAUCCAAAAAAUCCAAAUUGUCAUCUCUAUGUUGCGUGAUACUUGAUUCCCAGUUACAAUUGUGUUUUGUUUAUAUUGUAGUAGUCUACUAGAAGCUCAAUAGUAAAUUGUUAAGUCGAAAUUGAAGUAUGUACUCAUUGCGGGAUCCAGCAUAAUUUCAUAGUAAUUGAACUAACCAAAACUUUUCUUUAUAUGAUCCAGUUCCAAAGAUUCUCUACUAUACUGAGAGAGACGUAGUUCUUCCUUAAUUCGACAGGCAAAAAAAGUGCAUCGAAGAGCACUAAAUAUUCCGUUUAAAAUUACUAAUUUAGUAAUUUUGUAAUUGAUAUUGAUGCUUUUCUUGCUGUUAUGUUACAUGAAAGCGUCAUGUGGUUCUUGGUUGAUCGCAGUCUUUCUCAACCGAUACGGUAUUUAUGCUUAUAUGUUUAAAUACAGUUCAUUGAGAUCUUGAAAAAGGGAGAAUAAAUUUCACUAUUGAGAUGUAUUAAAUAUUGAUCCGCAACAUUUUUCUAUGUCUGCAUCGACUAGGCUUCAUUCUAUUUCGAAGAUCGACAUAUACUUGGAACACAAUAUCUUUUUAUUACACAUUAUAGGUCUAAAUAUUCUGGGUGUUUGCGCACUGAAUGGAGUUCACCAAGUCCAAAAUUUCAAAGAUAAUAGUUGCUUGUUUCCGUCAUGCGAUGCGAUAGAACUGAUGACUUGUCCCACACGACGUUGUAAAACAGGAGCUUGAUAAAAAAUAAACAAAAAUCUAUUUGCAAUCUUA